UCGAGUUCGAGUUCAGGAUCAAAAGUGGCAUUCGAUCUGGAUCUGGAUCUGAUCUGCAACUGGACGUUGAUUCUGCUCACAGACCGAAAGAGACAUUUCUUAAGUGCCAGUGAGCUGCUUUUGCGCACCCGCCGACUAGAUUCGACAGUCUGUAUCAGCUUACACAAUAAAGUCGAACGACAAACAUGUCGUCCUCGAGCACCGCCGGCCCACCGGCGACAGAGCUACCACUACCCACCGACGCAAGUCUAUCCCACGGCAGCCUCGCCGACCUCCUCCCAUCCCACUUCACGACCGAAAUCACAGCCUGGCUAGCCGAAGACACACCAUCAUUCGACUACGGUGGGUUCGUCGUUGGCUCCGAACCACGGACAGCGCAACUCCUUUGCAAAUCGGCCGGGGUGCUCGCAGGAAUCCAAUUCUUUGACGAAGUAUUUCGCCAGCUCGACUGCACAGUGGAAUGGCACUACUCAGAGGGAAGCUAUUUGGACCCAGCCGGAAGUAACGGCAAGAUCAAAGUGGCUACCGUCCGGGGCCCGACGCGCAAACUUCUUCUCGGUGAGCGAGUGGCGCUGAACACGUUGGCGAGAUGUAGCGGCGUGGCCACCAAGAGCCGGAAAAUGUUGGAUCUAGUCCGCAAGGCAGGGUACACGGGCGUUCUAGCCGGGACGCGCAAGACGACACCCGGGUUCAGACUGGUGGAGAAAUACGGCAUGUUGGUUGGUGGUAUUGAUGGCCAUCGUCACGACUUGAGUAGCAUGAUCAUGCUCAAGGACAACCAUAUCUGGGCCAAGGGCAGUAUCACGAAUGCCGUCAAGGCUGCGCGUGCGGUCGGCGGGUUCGCUCUCAAGAUCGAAGUCGAGGUUCAGUCUGAGAAGGAUGCCGACGAGGCCAUCGAGGCUGGUGCCGAUGUGGUCAUGCUCGACAACUUUGAUGGCGAGGGACUCAAAAUUGCUGCGAGAAGUUUGAAGGAUCGAUGGCGUGGAAAGAGGUCUGUUCUGCUGGAGAGCAGUGGUGGGCUGACGGAGGACAAUGUCACGCAGUAUAUCAACAACGAUAUCGACAUUAUAUCCACCAGUGCGGUCCAUCAGGGCGUGCCGCACGUAGACUUUUCUCUCAAAAUUGAUCAUUGAUUCAUGCUCUCCUGUCUCUGUCCCACUAGCCGAAACCUGAUUGUGAUGCUUUAGUCAUGGUUUCACUCUCUGUGUGCCCGCGCCUCAGAACGGGAUCGGGUUCUCAUGACCUUGGAUUAGGUAGGUUAUUCAAACGAGACCCGUGAUCCCCUUGAUGAUAGUCGGAAGCGCAAUCAACGUCACUCCAUUGGCCUCAAUGCAGUAAGAAUACACUCCCUUUUUCCCCCUUUUUUCCCAUCUUUGUCCUGCUCUAUCUACCCUUUUUGUCAGGGGCAGCACCAGCCACUAUUCU